GCUUACCGACCAGUUCUUUGCUGGCGGGAAAUUUGGUGGCCUGCAUCUCGGAUCGAAAUAGUUCGCCUCCCGACAAAACCAUCCACCAUCCACGCCUUCCGCUUCGUGCUCACCACCACAACAACUUUGCACACAAUCUCUCGCCCCGGCACUGGUUCCUGCCAGAUCUAACCGAGGCCUCUUCAUCAGGAGCCUCUGCAGCUACCAAAGCAAAAAGACUGUGAUAGUCUGAUGGCAGUCGUCCUGCGCUAGCCGAAGCACAUCCGACACCAUGAGCCAGGACUACUUCAGCGGUGGCAAGGGCAAGGGCAAGGGCCCGGCCAAGGACAACUCCGACUCGGACGAUGGCGAUGACAAGCAACUCGAUCACGCUGGCCGGCCAGGCUUCAUGACGGUCGGCAGUGGUUCAACGUCACGUCAUGCUGAUCGGCUCCGACAGCAGCUCCUCGACAACGACUCGGGCUAUGGCGGUAGCAUUACUGGCGACGACCUCGGGCUCGGCAGAUAUCCCCUGGGCUCCCCGCGGACGGACCCAUCCCUUGCGGGGGAGUUGCCAGUACCGCAGACAGGCGACCUCGAGGGCGACCAUCGGAACCGCCAGGCUGCUCUGCACCAGCUCUGGUAUAACAAACAUCGCGUGGCUCUCGGCCGCUCCAUCCAGCGCGUCGUGGAGCUUCUGCGCGACCUGCAAGACAUGAACUCUCAGUGGCCGGCGCACUACCCCUCCGUCCAGCGCGCAGAGUCAGAGCGGCCGGCAUCCACAAAGUCCAAGAACUCACGUCCAAGCAUACAACACACCCAGACAACCCUUGGCGACCAAUCGGCGCCAGCCCCCCGGCCGAUUCGAAGGUCCCUCACCAGUCUUCCCGAACCCUCUGCCGCAGAAUCGAGCAAGGACGCGGAGAAUAGUGCAAACGGUGGUGAUGCUCCUAGACUGAUGACGCCACAAAUUGCGCAGGAAUUCUCGAUCCUGAAGCUGGACCUGAAGCUUGGAUCACUACAUCAAGCCGAACUUGUGCACUCUCUAGAGAAGGGCUCAGUUGCGUCUCUGCUCGACGGCAAAAUCAGCGGCUCCAUUCGACACCUGCUAUCCUUGCAAGAGCGCAUCGAGGACACUGCAAGCAAAGUGCUGAUCACAGGCGAUCUGAACGCGGGCAAGUCGACAUUCUGCAACGCCCUUCUGCGCCGCAAGGUGUUGCCCGAAGACCAGCAGCCAUGCACGAGCAUCUUCUGUGAGGUUCUGGAUGCGCGGGAGAAUUCUGGAAUAGAGGAGGUUCACGCCAUACACAUGGACGCCGUGUAUAACCGCAAUGACGAAGGCACGUAUGACGUCUACCCUCUCAAGGAGCUUGAGAACAUUGUCGUCGACAAUACUCGAUAUAUGCAAUGCAAGGUCUACGUCAAGGAUGUGAGGACGAUCGACGAGUCCCUCCUCAACAACGGCGUCGUCGACAUUGCCCUGAUCGAUGCUCCUGGUCUCAACUCCGACACCACAAAGACUACUGCUGUCUUUGCUCGCCAGGAAGAGAUUGAUGUGGUCGUCUUUGUCGUCUCAGCUGCCAACCACUUCACACAAUCUGCCAAGGAGUUCAUCUGGGCUGCUGCUGCCGAGAAGGCCUAUAUCUUCAUGGUGGUCAAUGGAUAUGACAUGAUCCGUGACAAGGAGAGGUGUCAAAAGCUGAUUCUUGACCAAGUCUACGGUCUCAGCCCACGGACAUUCAAGGAAUCGAGCGAGUUGGUUCAUUUUGUUUCGAGUAGCGCCAUCCCAGUGGCACCUGGCGGUCCUGGAGGUGGUGGCAGCGGCAGCUCCAGUGGCGGCGGUGGCGGCGGCGGCGAUGACGAUGAUGAUCCCAAAGGAAAGGGCAAAGGCAAGGGCAAGGAGAAGGAGAAGCUCCGGGAUUUCGAGAAGCUAGAGCAGUCCCUCCGGCGCUUUGUGCUCGAGAAGCGGGCUCGUUCCAAGCUCGCGCCCGCAAGGACUUAUCUGCUAAACAUCCUGAACGACGUCAAUGUCUUGGCCACGGUCAAUGCGGAAGUGGCACAGUCUGAACUUGACCGGGUUACCAAAGAGCUGAAGGAGAUCGAGCCCCAACUUGAGUCAUCUCAGAGGGCCAAGACUGAGGUCAGCGAUCAGAUUGACCGGGUCAUUGAGGACAACUGCAAGGACGUAUACGACCACACGCGAAUGACUUUGACCUCGGCGAUCGUCCAGUCAGGCGAAACCGACUACGGCAUCCCGUACCCUGGCAUUUGGGGCGCAUUCGAGUACGCUGAGGAGAUCAAGGAGGCGAUCAUGGCUGAGAUUUCAGCUUCGGUCAACUCUUGCGAAGAAUAUGCGCGCAACAAGACGACCGGCGGUGUCAAUGCCAUUAAGCAGCUUGGCCAGAAACAUCUCGGCGACGAGUAUCAAGAUCUUAGUUUCCGGUCUGAUGUCAUGUUCAAGCGUAGAAGGGAUGCUUUGGCUAAGCAGAUCGACGUGUCGACGGACCUUGUCGAUUUUGUUGAUUUCAACACAUUGCUGCAACGGCAGGAGAAGAUGGCCGGCACCGGCAUGGCUCUGACUAUUGCCACUGCUGUCGGCGGUCGUCUGGUGGGCGGAAUGGGCUGGAUGGACCACACCCUCAGCAUUGUCAAGGUUGCAGGUAAUGACAACCUUCGCAGGCUGAUUGUUCCUGGUCUUGUCAUCGCAGUCAUCUCCGCUGCCGCCUACAUCGUUCAGCAAAUCCCUCACUCAUUGCCUCAUCGCCUGGCACACAAGAUCUCGGCCCAGCUGGACACGAUUGACUAUGUUCACGUCAACGGCGCGCGCAUCUCCAGCUCCGUUCGCAAGGUCCUGCGCUUUCCUGCCGACAAUCUGCGUGUCGGCCUGACACGAUCGUUUGAGCAGCUCGGUGCUCGUCGCGAGGAGACUCUCAAGGUUCGCGGCGAGAGCGAGGUCGCCCUCAAGUAUUUUGGCAACCUCGUCCGCAACAGUGCCCGCCAGCGUGCAGCUGUUCAGGAGGUUGACCUCGAUGCUCACCCGCACGCAUCUUUGGAACUUGGCUCGUUGUGAGCUAGCCUGCAUCUUCUCCACCAGAUUUUCUUGAUUGACGAGCAAAAGAACAAAAAUCGGCAUGGUUGGCGUUCACUUUCCUGACUUUUUUAUUUGACGAGAUCACCGAGCACCCUUUAGCUCUAGUGCCACGACUUCUUUGAUAUCCCCGAGCAGAAAACUCUCCCUUCAACCCCUUUUCCCCAACCGUCGUCCAUCCCCCUUUCUUCGGGACGGUUGGACGUAUACAGAAUUAGCUCGAGAACACGAUACCUUUUGAUGCCAUG